UGGCGUCGGCUGUCUUUCUGGCGGCGAGGUGAACGCCUCGCGACAGCUGCGCACGUCCGGCCGCGCCGCCGCCGCUCGCUGGCCCACUGCGACAGGGCGUGUGGUCGGUGUGGCACGACCCGGCUGCGGGAGCGGGAGUGUGACCCCGGCCCUGCACCGGGCACCGGCCGCCGCGGCGACACGGCCGAUCGAUCUCCGGGCCGGACGGCGAGGUGUGGUGGCCGCCGCCGGGGCCGGCCGCGAUGCCGCGCGAGCCCGACUUCGACGCGUCGAACGGCGACGAGGGUGUCGUGAUGGACGAGGCGCCCGAGCCGGAGUCCGGCUCCGAGUCGGAGUCGGCCGACGGGCGGCCGGGGAAGGCCGCCUCGGCCAGCCGCCGGCUGAGUCGAGAGGCGCGCGACCACCGCGGCCCGAGCAUGCUCUGGGAUGACGACCAGGAGUGGAUCCUCAUCUUCGACCGUCUGCUCAACACCCCUGGGAAGGGUGGGGGCGAGACAGCUGCGCCGCGCCACACCAGAUGUGCUCGGAGAGACGCCAACGAUGAAGUGGACGAGGCUGUGGCGAAGACGUCCGUGUCGCGGUCGACGAGCGCGCCGCCAGCGCGGCGAGCAGUGCCGCAGAAGGCGGGCGGUGGCGCGGCCAACGGCGCCGCCCCGACCACCAAUGUCCGUGUGCGCCGUACGCCGUCUCUCGUCUCACGUCAGUCGUCUGCCACGUCAUCAGUCUCAGGCACAGCGGCUGGCGCCAUCGACGAGGCCACGUUCAUCGCGUCGUUCGAGCAGGUGCCCAAGGUGCAGCUGUUCUCGCCGCGCGACCUCGAGGACAUCAUGGUGAAGCUCCGCGAGACAAUCAGCCAGCAGGGCAACGCCUGGGACGUGCGGACGGAGGCGCUGAAGAAGGUCCGGGGCGUGCUGAUCGCCGGAGGCACCAACUUCGACGAGCUGUACCAGCACCUGCGGCUGAUGGAGCCCGCCCUCCAGCUGACCCUGCGCGACCUCAGGUCACAGGUGGUGCGGGAGGGGUGCAUCACAGUGGCGUACCUCUCGCAGCAGCUGGGCCACCGUGUGGACCACGUCUGCCACUCGCUGCUACCCUACCUCAUCGAGCUGAUCCCCAACAGCGCCAAGGUGAUGUCGACCUCGGGCGUGGUGGCGAUCCGCUUCAUCAUCCAGAACACGCACUACGCCAAGCUGGUGCCGGUCGUGACCGACCAGAUGACGAGCAAGGCGCGCGAGAUCCGGCGCGCCUGCAGCGAGUUCCUCGAGCAGAUGAUCACCAGCUGGCCCACCCAGGUGCUGGAGAAGCACGUGGCCGCCGUGCAGGAGGCGAUACGGCGCGGCGUCGGCGACGCGGACAACGAAGUGCGCGCCAUCAGCCGCAGGGCGUACUGGGGAUUCGCCGACCACUUCAAGGAGCAGGCGGACUCGCUGCUCAACUCGCUGGACGCGCAGCACAAGAAGACGCUAGCCGGCGAGAUGAGCAAGUCUGGCAGCAACAACUCGCUCACUGCGCCGGUGUCAGGUCGCAGCGCGCUGGGCUCGCGCUCGCGCACCUCGUCCCGCUCCGGCAGCCAGGAGAACCUCAGCCGGACGGGCUCGAUCUCGCGCCGCUCGGCCAUCCCGCUGGCCAGCCCGGCCGGCCGACACGAGCGCGGCGAGUCGCCGUCGCAGUCGUCGCUCCGCUCCACGUCGGCCAUCGACCUGCAGGCGGCGCAGCGGGCCCGCGCGCGCGCCCAGUACGCCGCCGCACAGCGCAUGCGCGUCGGCUCCGGCGUCAGUCUGCGUGAGUACCGCCGGGGCCCGGCCGCCGCCGGCGGACGCGGGGCCGACAGACUCUGGAGUGUUGACCUCGAGGGUGGAGGCCCAGAGGGGGUCGGGAGGAGGGGCCGAGCUCAGAGGCGGUCGCGAGGUGAUCCCGGGCUCAGAGGGGUCGCGAAGAGAGCUCGGGCUCUGAGUGGUCGGGAGGAAUGCUCGGGCUUAGAUAAAGUCUGGAGAAGAGCCCGAGAUCAGAGGGGAGUCAGCGGGCCCGGCGCCGCCGCACUGCGCGCCAGGCCGUCGACAGGCGGCUGGGCCGGCCUGGGUGGCACCGGUCGGCCCGGCAUGAGUCACAAGAUCCUGCAGCAGAGCCGCGACGCCGAGUCUGCGCUGGCCGACGCGCUGGCGACGACGCGCUCCCGGCCGGCCCGCUCCUGUGACGACCGUUCGGACGAGAGCGAGACGAGCAGCGUCUGCUCGGAGCGCUCUUACGACUCGGCACACCGACGCGAUUACGCCGGCGGCUGGUCCGGGGUGCCUUACGGCCAGCAGUCCAACCGACUGCGCAGCGUGCGCGAGCCCAGCGGACGGGACGUCAGUGAAGUGAUCAACCUGAUCGCGUCGACCGAGUGGUCGGACCGCAAGGAGGGCCUGCUUUCGUUCCGCACCGUGCUGCGGUCUAACCGCAUGCUGACCGCCUCCGAGCUGCAUCGCGUCACCGAGCUCUUCACCAAGAUGUUCAUGGACACGCACACCAAGGUGUUCAGCAUCUUCCUGGAGGCGGUGCAGGAGCUGGUGGUGCAGCACCACGACGACCUGGCCGAUUGGCUGUACAUCCUGAUCACGCGGCUGCUGAACAAGCUGGGCGCCGACCUGCUCGGCUCGGUGGUGCAGAAGCUGGAGCGCACGCUCGACACAGUCAGGGUGUCAUUUCCGGCCGGCAUGCAGCUGCGCUGCCUGUGCCGCUUCCUGCUGGACCAGACGCAGACGCCCAACACGAAAGUGAAGGCGGCCACGCUGCGGUACCUGCGCGCCCUGCUCGAGAGCAUGGACCCGGCGGAGUUCGCUGUCGACGCUGACCUGCCGCUGGCCGUCACCAAGAUCAUCGGCUGGACGAGCGACCAGAAGUCGGUGGAGACACGCAACGGUGCCAAAGCAGUGAUCGUAGCCAUGUUCGACCUGAACACAGCCGAGUUCACUAUGCUUCUGUCGCAGCUAUCCAAGAUGUACCAGGACACGGCGUCCGACAUCAUGCAGCAGCACAUGCGGCGGCGGGCCAGCGUGGACCAAUCGGCGGCGCUGAUGCGCGCCCGCUCGCCCUGCUCGUCCAAUGGCGGCUCGCCGGGCCCGCGCGGUCCCGCGCGGCCGCGCCUGGCGCCCAGCGACGCGGAGAACCUCCAUCCGGAGGAGAUUAGCAGGUCGCUGCGCCGCGGUCCGGCCGAGAUACCGGGCGGCGGCCUGGACGGCCCGGACGGUACGAAGCGAGAGCGCGACUCGACGUCGCAGGACUCGGGUAUCAGCCAGAUGUCGCUGCCGCUGGACAAGGCGCUCGUGGCGUCGGUGCGCGCCGAGCUGAACGUGGAGCGGCCGCCGGAGCCGGCGGCGCCCGAGCGGCGCGCCGCCCUCAUCACCGUCUGCCGGCUGGCGAAGCUGGGCUCCGAGCGGCUCUGGAGCGAGCACUUCAGGUAUCUGCUGCGGCCGCUGCUGGACACGCUGCGCGACGGCGCCGGGCCGGCGCGCGAGCUCGUGCUCUCGGCCUUCACCGAGAUGCUGCGUCGCGACUGCGUGGCGCCGCUCUUCCACCCGUACAUCGAGCUGGUGUUCGUGCGCGUGCUGGACGCGCACUGUGAGCCGAGCGAGCGGGACGUGGUGCGCGCUGCCGAGCAGUGCGCCGCCGCCAUGGCCGGGCGCCUGCCGCCCGACAGCGUGGUGCGCGUGUUGAACGGCCUGGUGCAGACGGGCCGCUACCCGGUCAACCAGGCGGCCAUCAAGACUCUGACGCGUCUGGUGGAGCAGCACAACCGCGAGCUAGUGCUCGGCUUCCUGCCCGAGAUCAUGCCCAGCCUGCUGAAGGCGUACGACAACAGCGAGUCGUCGGUGCGCAAGGCGGCCGUGUUCUGCAUGGUCACCAUCCACACGCUGUGCGGCGAGGAGGCCAUGCAGCCCCACCUCGCCUCCCUCAACGCCACCAAGAUGAAGCUGCUCAGCCUGUACAUCAAGCGGUCUCAGGGCUCGCUCGAGUCGCCCACCGGCCAGCCCGGCUCGCCCAAGUAGCGGCUGGCCGCCGCGCCGGGGCGCGCAUGGCGCGGGUCAGCGCGCGGUGAGCGCACGUCUGCCAUAGCGGGUAUGAGCGGAGGUACGGCGCCGGUGUGCGCUGGAGCGCCGGGCGGCCGCUGGUCGCCGCAGCAGCGUCGGCGAGGCGCCGGCGUGGUGUUGUCAUUCCGAAGGCGCUUCGUGCGCGUGAACUGACGUACAUUCCUGGGAGGACAUUCCCGGCGGAGAUUUGUUACACGGCUGUGUGUUCUAACUCACACAUGACACCGUGGGCCCACUCGGCUGUGUGUUCUAACCCACACAUGACACAUGGGGGCCCUUCGAGAGCCACACGGCGUGUCGGUGUGUGGCGGGAGCGUUCCAUUCCACGCAUGAUAGCUUGGCACCGCGUCGCCGUCCGCUCCAGCGAUGGCUGACGAGACAUGUGCGUGUGCUGGGGCAGGCGCUGACCCGUUGUUCGUAGUAGGCGGGUGUCUGCGUGCGAGGCAGCUUCCUGUGCAGCUGGGAACUGCUGGCUUACUCGUUAACGUUGCUGUGCGACUUUGCCACGGCCUGACACGCUUUCGAUGAUCCCGUAAUGCUGGACAGGUGGAAGUUAUGCGAAUGGAAGAAGGAAGUGUGGAUAGCGAACACGAACGUGUGAGCGCGCCAUUGUGAGUAUGCAAUCCGACGGUGGUGUUUCGGACAGUGUUUGAGAGAGGCGCAGGAUGGGGCGGGAGUUAUGACGGUGGCGCGCCCUCAACUGACUGUGAUGGCACCCGUCCAGGCGCGCGGCGCGGUCGUGCUGGCCGAGGGCGCCGACGCACAGGGUGGCCUUGACAUAUCAGCUGACAGGGUCAGUUGAUGCGCCGGCUCGGUGUGAGGGGUCGUGCCCGACCCCGACAGGCAGCAUUGUCGCAGACGUGGAGCGCUACAUCUGCUGAUCGAAGCACUCGAUCGUUAUGACUACCCCUUUUCAAUGAGCUAAGCUAUGUAGCGGACCCGAAUGGACUAAUAAUAAACACCGAAUGCCCACUC